ACUGGUAUUACUUGAGUACCUUCAACUAUAAUUUACUAAAUUUCCUGUACGUAUUAGCCAACUGUACAUGGGAUAACAUCAAGCAGUUGACAAUGAUGAGGGUUGGACUAGUAGCGAUCUUCAUGUUACUUGCAGCAUGUAGUGUAGAUGUGCGUGGGUCUAUGGGAGAUGGAUGUAAUAUGGUGUGUCCCAUGGAUUACCAACCUGUAUGUGGCGACGAUAUGGUCACGUAUCCCAACAAAUGUAACUUAGAGGCCACUGCAUGCGUGCAAAAGAAGACUGUGACAAUUCUUCAUACAGGGGAAUGCUAGGACAUGGGCUUGAACGGAUCAUUGCACACGAGUUAAAGAUCCCCCAUGGACAAUACUAGUUAUAGUAUAUAUACUAAACCACAACGGCAUAUUACUUUUCUUCAUCCUAGACUUAGCUUAUUACAAAACAAAGAAAAAAUAUGUUUAAAUGUUAUUUUUAUGUAAUAAUGAUUUUGUAAAACGAAGCAACGAUGAUACAGUUUGUGCUUAAAAUAUACUAAUAGCUAUAAUA